GGCGUGCGUGGGACCGUCCAGGUCAAGAAGGCGUCGGCUGCGCCCCCAUUCAAGGCCUUGUCUGUCUGUCGUCGGCCACGUCGUUGAGGCCCCGUUCCUACGCUCUUUUUGUCCUCAUCCAGAACCCGCCAGCCCAGAUCAGCGCAUGCUCUCCGCAGCCCAGAGACAAGAAGCAACCCAACAGCAAUAGCAAAGCGGCAACCAGCGCCAGCAGCAACAGCGGCAAAAAGGCUUGCGCUUGGCUGGGCCAUGCAAAGCGCGAAAUGAAGAACAAGCAAAAGUCAAGAAGCGGCUGCCGGACGUGCAAGCUCAGGCGGCUCCGAUGCGACGAAGCAAAGCCGGGCUGCCGGAACUGUGCCCAGAAGGGUCUCGAAUGCCCGGGCUACCAGCAGCGCCUGCAGUGGUCCACCAAGCACGAGAGGCCCUCGGCCGCGACAACAAGCGGCCCCGUCAACUUCACCCAGCUCGUCUGUGCCGCAUCAGAGUCCAUCUCCCAUCCCGGCGGCCCGUCUUUCGACGAGACGGCUCCGGAUCGCUCGGAUGGCCGGGCCUCGAGAACACCAGAGUUCGAGUCUGGCAGGUCGAUGACACCGUCCUUGUCGCCCACGCCUGAGUCGUCAUCCGCGAGUCCCGCCGCCGACAAUGCGGCUUUGGUGCCUCUGGCCGGGCAAGGCGCCGUCGUCCAAGAGACGCCUGAUCUCAUGCUGUUUCAGCCAGUCGUGGACAUCCCCUCCUUUCUUGUCGAGCACUGGUUCAAGUCUGUCUGCGCCUCCUGGUCAGCCCAGGACUCGGUCACAAACCCGUACCGCCUGCUGACGUCGUCGCUCUGGAACACGUCGAGGCCUGUCUUUUACGCUCUGCAAGCCAUCUCGGCGGCGUCCCUCGUCGAGCGACUUCCCCAUGUGAUGAAAGAGACUGCCAGGGCGGCGCCGCGACUGGCUACUGACGCCAUCCGGAAGGAGCUUGUCGCUUUUUCAACAGCAUCGCGCCGCAGGUUUCCCAGUGAGUUGCUUCUGUCGCUGUUCUGCAUGAGUUCAUCCAUGUGUUGGAUGGAAGCCCGCGAGCUCGGUCUGCAGUAUGUAAGGCAAGCUCGCGCGUUGCUGAGGUACUUGGAUGGGUGGACAUUGGACGAAAAAGAGCAGCAGAUGCUCGAUUUCUUUAAUGGAUGUCUCAUCUACGAAGAGAUGCUCCGCAGUGUGGUGAGUGACGACGAAAUAGACUGCGAGAAUAUGCUUAGCUGGCCGGAGCCGCCUUCCCUCGGGCCUCUGGUUCCUGCAAUCCCACAUGCUUGGACUGGUGUUUCCCCCGACCUCCUGAGACUGUUUGGCAAAUCGGUCGCGCUCUGCCGGAGGUCCCGUACCCGAUGGAGGAACAACGACGGCACCAGCUACCGCAUUCUCGAAGGUGCCGCCAAAGACAUAGAGGAGGCUACAGUUGUCGAGGAAUCCCUUUUGGCAAUCGAAAUGAUCGACCCGCCAGAGCUGGACCAGAUGACAGUCCGGGCCCGCAGCCUUCGUGAUGUUACCGAGGCUUAUCGUCUGUCGUCUCUCUUGCAACUUUACGAAACCUUCCCAGACCUCAUCACCAAACGAAUUCCGGCCCUAGCCGACGCGGAUAGGUCUGCCGUCUGGAAUGCCUGGGUGUCCCCGUUGGCACUUCAUAUUACUGACAUUCUGGAGGGGAUACCUGCCGGAAAUUUGCGCUGCAUCCAGCCUCUCUUGUGUCUUUGUGCAGGCAGUGGGUUAAGGUUCGACGCCAAAGUACCCCAAGGCCGCGAUUCUCGGAGCUACCUUUUGAGCACGGAGCCUCUCUUACCAGUUUCACCAAUACCAUUGGAGCUUGUUGCUACAGACGUAGCCUCGGAUGUGGCGCCCGAUGUCGCUUCCGGCGUUUCUCCGGCUUCCAGCGUCCCUUCGGCAACCCCUAAUAUUUCUGAGAACUCGGUCAAAAUAUCACACGCACGCCAGUCUUUGAUGGAUCGGCUCGACCAGCUCGAGGUCAGUUUACCGCCAAAGCCCAUCGGUGUGGCCAAGCAGCUUCUGCGGGCUGUUUGGAGUGCGUAUGACGAAGAGAUCGGCACCUCGCGCCGGACCCAUUGGCUGGAUGUGAUGAGCCACACUGGCUUGCACAGUCUCUUUGGCUAGUAGCAGCAGCAAAAAAGAAGAGAAAAAAGACUUGGAGACAUCAAAUGCAACAAUGUGCCCAGACAAAUGACUUCCUGUGAUGGCCCUUUUUGGGGCUGCAUAUCUAAUCGAGCCUCGCAGCUCUGUUUGGCAUCAACGUACAGUUUCAUCAUGUGCCUAUGCUUCACGUGUCUUGAGAUUAG